UUGACGCGCCCCUUGUAUUGACAACAACUAUUCGACAGAGAACCACUGACUUGUCGUUGGAAACACACCCAGCAGACAAAUAUCGCAAUGGAAGGCGAGAAAGCCAAAGACAGAUAUAUACUGGUACUGAAAGACGGCACCGAAGUGCCCGUUGGAGAUGAUGUACCGGUAACAUACGAUAAUCCAGUAGCCCAGAACCAAGCUGAAGACGUCGACAUAAUAGUUCCGGCGGAUGCUGUUGGUGAUAACACAGUACACCCAGUAUACGUUGUAGAGAAGCUUGUUGAAAAGAAGAGAUACCCACACGAUUAUUUGGCUUGUUCUAUUAUCAGCAUCUUAUGUUUCCUACCCCUAGGAAUACCUGCUCUAUACUGCUCAACCAAGAUUCAAGAUGCAUCACUAGCUGGCAAUUACCAAGCUGCCAAACGAGCUGUAUUCUGGGUAAGAUUGUUGGUGUUCCUCGCCUUCUGCUGUAUGUUAGUCUGGGUCGCAUUGGUUAUUGUCGGGGUUAACAAUAUGAAUGAAGCUAAUCCAGUGAACGCCACCGAACCAGAACCGCAGUAGGUUUCAGUGCUCAUCCCAGUAACUUUAAAAGACAUUUUUAACCCAGAAUGACCCGAAAAUGGUUUUGAAAUCACAUGAACCUCUGAAUUGGACUUGUGUAAAUGCUUCACGAUGAAGAGUCUCACAACUACACUACCAUACAGUUCAUAUUGCGUUACGUUUACUAGUACGCCCGGUCUAACCGGUCAUUGUGUACAUGACAAGAUGAUACACCCUUGAUACUACACAUCAUAAACCCCACAGAAGAAAAUUCCUAACUUUUUUUUCUACGGUUUGUACACUAUAUUCACACUGUAUAUUGGAAAUGAAAAGUCAAUUCACGCGAUCAUCUUCAUUACUGUUAACACCUCAAGUUUGCUGCGUGCUAUUUAGAUGACUUACAUUGUACAGCGAUGAUGUUGUUCUUACGUAAGUUUUUACAAAUUCUUACGUUUGCCCUUUUUUGAGUGAUCAAAGUUUGUCUGAGAAAAAAAACACGCCAAAUCUGAGAAUAAUCUGACUGUCACGGUGUGAACUGACAUUACAAUACUUUAAAGCGGGGGAGUCGUCUCCUGCGCAUGCGUCAGGUGGCCAUAAUGUGUCGUUGUUUACAAACAAGCGUCUACCCAUGAGUCUUUGCGUUUUAGCGUGUGUUUUUAUCGUCGCUUGGUACUCCCGCGCGUGCGCAUGUGACGACCCUUCCGCUUUAACCCCAUGUAUAGUAAUCAAAUAACAAGGAAUGUAUUUAUAUUGGCUACAUGAACUUAUCAGCUUUCGUUGUCGUAAGUUGAAUCAAAUGCAUGCACAUUCGUGUAUUUUUUUUUUUGAAUUUCUAGUGUUUUUAUUAUUAAAAAAUCCUGGUUUUGUUUGGUUUCAUUUAUUAACAUUAUAUUUGAUAGUGCAAUUCUGUUUUCUUUAUCUAUCGUUUUUUUUUUGUAUUAUUGCCGUUGAGGGUAUACGUCAUUCAAAAUUUACGAGUUCAGUGCUGUUUAUUGUGAAUCCAGGCUUGCCAAGUUUUAUUGGUUUACAAUCUACUAUAUAUGCAUAAACAUUUGCGAGAUUUGUUUUCACCCUAAAACAAAGCCCUUUUCACAAAAUGUAUUUAUUUUUGUAUCUUCUGAAGUGAUAUAACUAAACUGCUAUUUUGUAUUCCAUAAUUACUGUGAAUUUCAUAAAGGCAUGAACAUAUUUUAUGGAAAUUUAUAAAUAUUUAUAAGACAAUUACCACAGAAAUUCAAAGAAGACUCUUUCAAAGAAGACUCUUUCAAAGAAUACUCUUUUAAUUCAGUUAUCGGCCGAUUCACCACCAUGCAUCCCUAAAUGUGUUGUAAUUAAUCUAGUUGUUUUCAACCUUCAUUUGAAAUUUAUAAAAAAAAAUUAUAAAUAUUUUUUAAAAAACUUGAACGUACCUGAAAUUCACAGUAUAGUAAUGGGAUUUGAUAGUAUUAUUCAUUUUAAAACAAUUGUAAAAAAUAUACUAAAAAUAAUCGGCUUGUCGAUAUUACUCUAUUAAUAAAUGUAAAAUAAAUAAAAAAAAUAUUAUAUUGGGACAGUUUUAAACUAAAACCAAUUUUAUUGUAUCAUAUGUUUCUAUAAUUUAGUGCAGCGGAAAAUACAAGGUUCAUUUGAUAAAAGUGUAACAGAUCUUUUUGUGAUGCAGUUACUAUUAACAGUUUCCAGAUGUUUUACAAUCUGAAAAAAUAUUAUAUUAUUUUUCGGUGCUAUUAUCAUCUACUUUAAUAUUUCCUAGUGACUAGUAUUUAGACACUGGCAGUAGUGGCCAACUUGAAAACACACAUGAUCGUUCCUAUAAACUGUGCCCUCUAGCGACGAAGUGUUCCACGUGACGUAAAUAGAUCUUAUUUGAAUCCGUGGUCGUCCAUCAAUACAAUACACUAUAUUCUAAUUAAAGGCGACCAUACGAACCAGUAUAGUCAGUGAACAGUGCCCAUAUCACGGAGCACUUCUCUCUAGAGGGCGCUACUUGUAGGAACGGUGUAAAGCAAACCGAAAUUAUUCCACACACCGAGGCCGAGCCGAGACUUAUGUGUAUGACAAGAUUUACAAAACAUUGCUCAGGUUGUUGUUGAUCCCUUAGUGUUCUAAAAACAAAGACAUGUAAUUAUUAAUAAACUCCGUUAAUAUAGAA